UGCUUUUGGGGCCGAAACGGAAUGGCAAAAUUCUGAAACGAGGAAAAUUGGUGAGGCGAAUUUUCUUGGGGUUUGCAGUUUGAAAAAAUUCUUCGUUGAGGAUAGAUCGCUAUUUUUUAGGAGUAAAUUUAAAUUCGAACGAGUUCAACGAUUUUUUCGUGAACAGAACAAAACAAAUCGAUCAAAAUGUUCAAAAACCACUUGGAAAUGAUUGGGCGCAAUGAGAGCCCCAGCAAGAAGGCGAAAUUCUGGCAGUCCUACAUCAGGUCCCUGAAGGGCUCCGAGGAUAUCCGUGCCCACGAGGCGCCCCGUGCCUCUCGUCCCUACAGCUCCUACCUGGACUCGCCCUCCUACAGGAGCAUCUACGACGAGCCCGCCACCGCCAACGAGCGCGUCCAGUCCUCUGGCUACAGAUAUCUGCCAGUGAGCCGCGACACCUACGGCUACUCGCCCCGUGCCAUCUACGAUCAUCACUACAGCCGAACAAUUCCAGCUAACUACGACGCAGAGAAGGCCUGGAAUGAUCAUCUGAAGCGCAUGCAGGAGAUCGAGCGCAGGUACCCAUCUCGCUAUGGCCUGUACUUGAAGGACAAGCCACUCACGCCCAACGCGCUGGUGCCCCUGGAGUACGAGCCAGAGGACAAGCUGCUGGCUGAGCUCAACAAGGCUCGUCGCUCGGCCUCGCCGUUCCGCCCCUCGAGGACGACCCGCGCCGGCAGCGAGCCGUACGUGCCACCGCCGAGCUACUGGAACCGCGAGGGCAGCGUGCCACGCGGAGGACCCUCGGUCUUCGAUCGCGCCACCAGCUUGGCCCCGUUCACGCGGCCCAGCUUCCGGGCCAGCUCGUUGGAGCCGCUGGACGAACUCUUUGAACGUAAGUUGCCCGCGAUCGCCGAGGCUGAUUCGGCGCCAGCUGAUGCGCCCAGUCGGCCACUCGGUAUUUUUGAGCGCGCCGGUUCGCCAAGUCCCACUCCCGUGAAAGCCGGUCGCUGGGGACCCCGUCCCACCGAAGUCGCCUACGAUGCUGAGGGACUCCCCAUCUUCCACCCACGCAACCGGUUCAGGGAUCUGCUGAGCCCCAGCCCCAACUUGCCGAUCUCCUCGAUCGUGCGCGAUCCCUUCUGGUGGGACGUGGAUGACCUGGUGCCCUUCCGCGCCACCUCGGUGCCCCGUGCCUCGAGCCCCGUGGCCAGGGACUCGUACUUGUCGCCGGUGAAGAACCGCUACUUGUGGUCCAAGCACCCAGCCAGACCCUUGACACCUGAGGAAGAGGAUUUAUUCUAAACAAAAUAUAUAGAAUCAAAAUCACAAACAAUCGUUUAGCUCUAAUAACAAAGCGACGCUAUAUCAAUCAUAUAGCACUUCUGUAAUUUUUUUGUACUUAAUUUUACAUAAAUUACAUGUAACGAAAUGUAAAAAAAAACAAAUUGCUCACCGCUCAAUUUUGUAAACGAACGAAACAACGAACUACAACCAACAAGAACAUCCUGAAGAACAAAAACAACGAAUGCAUCACAAGGGGCCCCCAAAACAACGACAACCAGUUUUGGAGUAGAUCAGUAGCAAAAGGCUUUGCGAGUCUUAAUAUCCGUGAACAACGUUUGAAUUUUUUCAAAACUGCAAGAACUCCUCUCGGAACCAGAAGACAACAUCAUUCCCGUCUGGGGUUCUCAAUAUAUUUGCCAAGAAGUGCGUAAUUCCCGUAGAAAAAAAAAUAACAACCGAAUAAAACUCAAACACUCUGUUUAAUUUUUAUUUUCCGAUUUCUUAAGAACCUAUCGUAAAUGUUAAGUGCAAGAAUAUGAAAAAAAUCGAUUUACAUUUAUUAUAAUAAAACAAUAAAAUCAACUUAUGAGUUCCCAUUUGAAACAUCAACAUCGCGCAAUCAAUGGGCUUCAUAAAUUGUUCCUUUUUUGUAUAUCUUAGAUGCUAUAUAUAACAAAUAUUUAUACAACUAUUUGUAUUUGUAAAAAACGUAAAACGUAUCGUCUCUGUUGCGGAGCUCGAUGACAUUUAGAAAACUGUAUAAGGGAUAUGUAUAUCUGCCACAACACAUCCAACAUUCGGCCUUUCCAUACAUAUACCACACAUUUUCGAUUUGUAAUAAAACAAAGAAAAAAACAACAAAAUUAUGGAUAAUAAUAAAAAAACUUCUAAAACCCAA